GGCGACACACGCUCGCUGUGAGAGAGAGAGAGAGAGAGAAAUGGUGAAGCUGCUGUCUUCUCACACACCAGCGACCACUUAAGAGGCGUGUAGCCCCCCGGCUCAGCUCAGUUCAGGGACUGGGAUCUGCAGGUACCGCUGGGAGGAGCUUGUUUUAGAGCUCUCUGUGUAUCUGUGAAUCUCAGACUGUUUCUCGGUGGUGUAGAGCAGACCGCGGUGUGCAGGAGACCCCCGCGCUGAGGAGGAGGAGGAGGAUCUGGACAUGAUCACAGUCACUAUGAUCACCUCCAGACCAGGAGCAGCUCCAGAGUACUGGAUCGACGACUCGAAGAGGGAGACGCUCGCGGACUUCUACGAGCUGGAGUGUGAACUGGGACGGGGAGCUACGUCUGUGGUGUUUCGAUGUCGGCAGAAAGGCACACAGAAGCCCUACGCUGUGAAGAUGCUGAAGAAAACGGUUGACAAGAAGAUUGUACGAACAGAGAUCGGAGUUCUACUUCGUCUUUCUCAUCCAAAUAUAAUCAAGCUGAAGGAGAUCUUUGAGACACCGUUAGAGAUCAGUCUUGUGCUGGAGCUCGUCACCGGAGGAGAGUUAUUUGACAGGGUGGUGGAGAAGGGCUACUACAGUGAGAGGGAUGCAGCAGAUGCUAUAAAACAAGUGCUGGAGGCUGUGGCGUACCUGCAUGAACAUGGUGUUGUACACCGGGACCUGAAACCCGAGAAUCUCCUGUACGCCACCUCAGCGCCAGAUGCUCCUCUCAAAAUAGCUGAUUUUGGUCUCUCAAAAAUAAUUGACGAUCAAGUUACAAUGAAGACUGUGUGCGGAACCCCUGGAUACUGUGCUCCAGAGAUCCUCCGGGGAUGUGCCUACGGGCCAGAAGUUGACAUGUGGUCUGUGGGAGUUAUCACAUAUAUUCUACUGUGUGGGUUUGAGCCGUUCUUUGAUGACAGAGGGGAUCAGUACAUGUUCAAGCGUAUCCUGAACUGUGAAUAUGAAUUUGUCUCCCCCUGGUGGGACAACGUCUCUCUCAAUGCCAAGGACCUGGUGAAGAAACUGAUUGUCCAGGAUCCAAAGAAGCGGCUGACAACACUGCAGGCCCUGCAGCACCCCUGGGUGACUGGGAAGGCUACUAACUUCACCCAUAUGGACACGGCUCAGAAGAAGCUCCUAGAGUUCAAUGCGCGAAGAAAGCUCAAGGCUGCAGUCAAAGCAGUGGUGGCCUCGUCACGGCUGGGCAGCGCCGGAGGGCACGGCAGCACCGAGGGCAACAAGACCAACUGCAACCAUUCCUCCAGCCAGCAGGUGGAGGAACAGGAGCAGCCUGAGAAAGAGCAACCUCAGCUCCACAGCGAGGACUCGUAGAUGUGCACAGAGCCACGCUGGAACAGGAGCAGCGUCCUUCACUGAAAGGAAAGUUGGUUAGGACUGAGACAGUCCGGUCCUGCUCCUGAAGGACUGAAACAAUGGACUUUGAUUCUUCUUGGUUCUUCUGCAUGUGACUGAUUUUCUUUAGUCCCACGCAGACUCUGCAAAAAAAAAAACACACCGUUUAAAAACAAACUCACUUUUAAAAUCUUUAUCAUGUAUGUUUAAGUUAAUAAACUAAAAUAACCCAGAAUUAGGGUCUUAUGGGAAUCUUACCCAAUGAUAAAAACAAAAAAAAAAAACAUUUACAAAUGGAAUGAAAAAUGAUUACAGUGCAGUUUGCUUGUUUACCAGCUAAUGCUGUUUCUUAACCAAAUUUAUUAUUUAUUGUACUUUUAAGCUACCUAUGAGUCAUGGGUGGAAAGUUAAUGAUAAUGCAUAAGUAGCGAUAUAAGGGUCCAGUCCCACCACAUAGUGAACCCCACCCUGGGUGAACUUCAUUCUUUUCUUUAAACAGAUACUAGAUGAUCAUUAUACUUUAGUAGAGUUAGUUAGUAUUCACAUGAUCAUCCUACAGUCAACUGAACCAGCAGGUGACUAAUUUUAAGUCCUUUCAAGGGAUCAUGGAUUGCAACUAGCACUGUAAAAAAAAAACACGGAAAAAAAUGUAAAGCAGGUCAACUUAAAAUGAUUACAGGGUGUUUAUUUGAGUAAGUUAAACUCAAUUUAGGGUGCUUUUAUGCCUUCUAUCUUGUAUCAUUUAGACCUUGAAACUUGGUCCAAAAAAGCAGGUGCGAAAGGUGUCCAAAGCCACUGUGCAAACCAAAAGACCAAAAUACCAAAAUUUAGUCAGAAUCAACUAAAUUAUGGUUUGGUCCAUUUGUCAAAACCAUUUGUCACAUGUGGAAACACUAUUUUAGAUGGUUUAGAAUUUCGGACCAGAUACAGAAAGUUAAUGCAGGGUUAUUAUUACUCGUUAAACAGUUGAAGAAGAAAAAAAAUGGUAUUACACAGAAAUGAAGAAAUUACUAUUUAGAUUUCUGUAUCUACUGUAACUGUAGAUUACCUAUUAUUGAUAAACAGUAAUCUAGGGGUAAUCUGUUAUGUUCAUUCUGCUGCACAAUGCAUGUGCACUCAAAGGGAGCACUUGGAGAACAUCAUUACUUUACUGUUUAUUCCCAGCAGCAGGAUAUUAGGGAAAUCAUACAUAUUUUAAUGGAUAUGAACCUAAUAACUCCGCACUAAACACUCCAAUCCGACCAAUCAGUGUUGAGUAUAGGCAGAUGCAACUCAUGUAGCUGAUGACAUAACAAAGUUCUUUAUUGAAAAACCAAAUGUGUACAGUCAGUUUUUAAAAGUGGUAGUAAAUCUCUUCACUUAUCUGGCCCAACACUGAAACUGUUUUCUUUUUUUUGUCAUUAUUGGGCAAAUAUUGGUUGUCAAAUAUUCUGUGCAUCCCUAAUUCUUACACUUGAUGAAAUCAUGUAUAUUUCUGGCUUCACAGAAAGAACAGAAAGGUAAAUUGAUUUUAUCUCAGCUCUGGAAUGGCACAACAGUCUAACUGCUGCUCAUACAAGUGUGAGGAGAUCAUGCUCCAUUAUUAGGUCCCUCAGUCUUGAAAUAUUUAUGAUGUCCCCAAUUUUCUGCAGAUGGGAAUAAACCAUAAUCAGAUUGAGCGGGAGAUAGAGGACAGACCAAACAUCUCAACCAUAAUCUUAUUUAGCUGCAGCUUAUUUACUAAUGGUUGUGAUGCUCAAUUCAAUAUGUAUUGUUGAGUAAACUGAGCAUCAGGAUUAAAAAGGAGACCUUUUGGCUGAAUUUUUCUGUUCCUUUAUCGUUCUAAGUUGGCCUGACUUUUACAGAAAGUUGAGACAGGGUUAAACGUUUACUCGUUAAACAGUUAAAGAAGAAAAACAUUGAACAGAGUACAAAAACGAACAGAUUACGCUUGAGAUUUCUGAAGGAGAAGGAGUACUCUUGACUUAACUUGUUGAGUUAAACAGUUUCUUCAUUCGUUUUAAGUUGGCCUGACUUUUACCUGUUUUUCUUCUACAGUGAUGUUAAUUAACAUGUAUGAAGUAGCAGUAAGCACUGCUUUGUUUUAGACACAUUUAAACUUGCAUUAAGUGUACGUGCAAUAUACUGUACAGUACAUUCUGUACUGUACAACUCUUACUAUUAUAAUUUCCAUGUGAUCACUUGACUGAACCUUUACCAGAGCUUCAAAAGAGAAUGCCUUAUUAUCAACCAGGUUUUUACUCUUUAUUAGACUGAACUCUUUCAUAUAUUAGAAAUUAGAUUAGAUGAUGGUUUGCAAUGGAAUUGUCAAUCAGUAUCAACAGGAUGUAGAGCAAGGUUUGUUUUGUAUAAGCAGCAAGUUGAUUUUUUAAAACUUUUGUAUAAAUCGAUAUGUCUGUAAUUAAAAAAUAAUAAUAAUAACUGCUAAGUAAUUCUUAUGCACAAAUUCACACUCCUGUCCCCAGUGCCAAAAACAACCUUUCUGUAAUAUUCUCCAUGGCCAGUAGCUGUCCAACUCAAAGGGGCAGUUUCCCAGACAGAGAUUAGGCCUUGGACUACACAGAAUUUUAAAUAGAAAAUAUAGUCUACGACCAGGCUUAAUCCCUGUACAUGAAAACCAGAGAGUUUUCUUUUGUAUUAGUUAAAAAAAAACUAUUCAGCUGAACAGCCUACCACAAUUCAUUAAACGUGAAAUUGCUCAGUGUUAAUUACUGAUAUGUUAACAGGCAAAAAAGAAGUUUGAAGAUGUUUGAAUGUAAUGUACUUUAUAGCAUGCUUUUAUGUAAAGUAUCAGGGAAUGCUGUCUAAGAAUGAUUUGAUAUAGACAUGCAUUGAAUGUAACUUGGAUAUCCUCUAUAAGGGUGGAUCUGCAUGUAGGAAUGUUUAACCUAACUGCUGCAAUUGUAUUUUUAAAAAGCACCGUAUUUUAAUGAUAUGAAUGAUUGCUGUACUCCAUGUUAAACAGUAUGAUAUUAGAGGCUGUUUGAGGGCCACAUCGUACAAGACACAAGUGUGUCGAAUUUGUUUAUCUGCCUGUUUCUAUGUCAAAGGACUCGUUUUAAACUGAAGACACAAUGAUACUCUACAUUAGUUGCUGAAAUAAAUGCAAAUAAAUUCAAAUCA